AUGGUUAAAACCAAAGCAAAACAACUUGCAAGACAACCUCAUUUUACUUCACUUUACCUUGCAAUUAAUGAGUAUAAAUGGACACAAAAACUGCUAGAGGAUCUAAAAUCUUUAAAAGAUGCAUUUUUAAAUAAUGUGUUGUAUUAUUAA